AUGCCUUUCAUCGUCAGAGCCUGGAAAAUGGGUUCCAUUAAAUAUCAGUCUUUUAAAAAGCUUAUCGCUGAUGAUGAUCUGCUAAGGCAGCGACCCAAGAUCCUCCUCAUCAGUAAGAGAAGACCAGGAGCUGAACCUCAGAACAAGAGUGGUCUUACUCACAGAGACGAACCUCAGAACAAGAGUGGUCUUACUCACAGAGACGAACCUCUGAACAAGAGUGGUCUUACUCACAGAGACGAACCUCAGAACAAGAGUGGUCUUACUCGCAGAGACGAACCUCUGAACAAGAGUGGUCUUACUCACAGAGACGAACCUCAGAACAAGAGUGGUCUUACUCACAGAGACGAACCUCAGAACAAGAGUGGUCUUACUCACAGAGACGAACCUCAGAACAAGAGUGGUCUUACUCAUAGAGAUGAACCUCAGAACAAGAGUGGUCUUACUCACAGAGACGAACCUCAGAACAAGAGUGGUCUUACUCACAGAGAUGAACCUCAGAACAAGAGUGGUCUUACUCACAGAGACGAACCUCAGAACAAGAGUGGUCUUACUCACAGAGACGAACCUCAGAACAAGAGUGGUCUUACUCACAGAGAAUGA